UCUUAAAAUACGUUAGAUAUUCAUUGUUUGUAACCUUGACCGCACAGACAAUCUAACAUAUAUAAUCCCUUGUAUUAUACUAACUAAUGGAGAUGAGAUGUAUUUCAUUCAUUAAAUUAAUAACGACUUGGAUGUGCAGAUACAAUGAUUGGGGGAUACAAAAGCAGCCAGCUUGGACCGAGUCUAAACACAGAAGUUGCAUUUGUAACAACAACCCUGAGAGUCAAAGCAAUCUCCACGACGCGUUUCUCACACUCUACCACCACUUCCUCCUCUCUUCACGUCUCUCCUUUCCUCGUAACUCUUCACUUCACUUUUCUUUUCCACAAAACACCUAUAUAUACCUCAAAAUCUGCACAUGUCAAAAUUAGAAACAAAUAAUAAAUCUAAAGACGAAGAAGAGACUUUGAAUCGAUAACGAUGAUCACUCCUUCAGUGGUGGUUCGUGAGGUCUGGGCGGAUAAUCUAGAAUCUGAGUUCGAGAUGAUCAGCGGGAUCGUCGAAGACUAUCCGUUCAUCUCCAUGGACACGGAGUUUCCCGGCGUGAUUUACAAGGCGGAUCUCCGCCGUCUAAACCCUGGUUACCUCUACAAGCUUCUCAAAUCCAACGUCGACGCUCUCAGCCUCAUCCAGGUCGGUCUCACUCUCUCCGACGCCGACGGAAACCUCCCCGAUCUCGGCGGCGGCGGCGGAGGGAGCCGAUUCAUCUGGGAGUUCAACUUCCGCGACUUCGACGUCGACCGCGACCCCCACGCGCCGGACUCGAUCGAGCUCCUCCGCCGCCACGGGAUCGAUUUCGAGCGCAACCGCAGCGACGGCGUCGAUUCGGGGAGGUUCGCGGAGCUGAUGGUGUCGUCGGGGCUGAUCUGCAACGAGUCGGUGAGCUGGGUGACGUUUCACAGCGCGUACGAUUUCGGUUACCUCGUGAAGAUCCUCACGCGCCGGGAGCUUCCGGGGUCGUUGGGGGAGUUUCUACGGUUGCUCAGGGCGUUUUUUGGGGAGAGAGUGUACGACGUGAAGCAUAUGAUGAGGUUCUGCGAGCGGAGGUUGUUUGGCGGUUUGGACCGGGUGGCUAGAUCGCUUGAGGUAAACCGGGAGGUUGGGAAAUGCCAUCAGGCCGGUUCGGAUAGCUUGCUGACGUGGCAGGCGUUUCGGAGGAUGAGGGAUUUGUAUUUUGUUGAGGAUGGGCCGGAGAAGCAUGCCGGGGUUUUGUACGGUUUAGAGGUUUUUUAAGAAGAGGGUUUUGGGGGUUAUUAAACUAAUUAACUCAAUUUAAUCAAUUGUAGUUAAUGGAGUAUAUGGGGAUUUAAUUUUUUUUUUUAUUUUUUUUUGUCGGCUUGGGGAUUUAAUUAUACAGUAGAAAUUGAAAAUUCUUUUUGUUCAUCCUCGUUUCUUCAGAGUCAGCUACAGCUUAAUAUAUGAAUCACAACAGAAAAGAAAUUGACCAGAAACUUUUUUUUUUUUUUGUAACACCGACCAGACUUAAACCAUAAUAUAUUCGAUAUUCGAGUUUCUAUGGUUUUAGUUUUUACCACAUAUGGACCCACCUGAAUGAUGAAAAUAAUUUUAUGAUAAUAUAAUUUAACAAAAACAAUGGAAAAUGAUGUGAUAUAAUCCAUUUUGAAUUGUUUUAAAGUAUUUUAUUGAAGAUCAUAUAUUUAAAUAAUUUUUUUAAUAUUUCUAAAAUUGGAUUUAUAAUUAUAUUUUUAUAUAUAUUUUUAUAUUAAUUAUUCAUAUAUCAACGGAAUUUUAACCAAACCAAAUUAAACUUUCAAGGUUGUUUUAUUAAGUUACAGAUAUCCUAAAAGUUAGUUCAAAUAUAUUAUGUAAGAAAAUCGUAUUGAAACCCGAAUAUCUGUUAACACAUCCUUUAAGGUAUAACUUUGAAAUCAGAAGGAAAAUUGUAAAUCAUAAUUCACUCAUCCUCGUCGAAAACUGGAAACCAUAAUUCACAUCUUUGAUUUUUAUAUAUUUCUUAAAUGGUUCACAUAUAAUCUUGCAUGAUGGAAUCAUAAAACAUACUGUAUAUAGUAAAGAGAACUAAAAUAAAAUAAAAUUAUUCACAAUAUUGUAACACACAUGACACAUUCAUGGGGAUCCGUUUCUCAUCUUAAAUGAAGAGGUUUGGUGUGAGUUAUCAUCAUUAUCAUCAACAGGAUUAACAUAAAGACGUAGCAAUCUGCCAAGUGAGUUUCCACGGCGGCCGUGUGGUGGCCCGAGAAGUGAACAGACGUCCACAAAAGCCCGGACGAUGAGAUUGUGUUGAGGAGGAGGGUUUAUGUCCAGGAAACACCUAAGAAGCUCCUUAAGAUCAUCAUCUGUUUUGAUAUCUCUCUCCUUGAUCAUCUGAUUCAUAGACAUCUUGUAAUCUUCGAAUGGAUUGGAUGAUUCCUUAGCCAUUGCGACGCUCUCAUCAAUCUUAGGACAUGGGCUGCGUAACACCGUGGGAGAAACCGGUAGUCCUGGGGUGUAGUGGCUGUGAGAUGGAGGCGGGACGGUGGAGCCGCAACCACAGGGCAUGAAAAUGGGCUUGAGUAUGGUUUUGAGUGUAUAUUUCAUCUUCUUCUUCAAAGGCAUUUUUU